AUGCUAAGCGAAGAUGCAGGUAAGUUGCAAGCUUUUCUGGAAAGUUUGAGUGCUAGUGUAGCCAUGUUCGGUACGCGUCUUGCACCUCCAAAGUGUAAAAUGUAUGAGCCCGGCGAAAACUGGGACAAUAAAUUUGCCAGUCUUUCCUCAUCCAUUGAAGAAUGUCGUGCCGAAUGUGUUGGUGUUUAUCUAUGUGAUUUACCGGAAGUGCUUAAGUUCUUCGACCCAGAAGCGGCCAAGAAGCCUGAUAAUGUGGUUCCCGAUGUAGUUUAUGUCAAUUGGUUGAGCAUGAUCCGAUCCGGUGUAAUGUCUAUGGAGUUCUACUCUCCUGCAGAAAACUUUGGUGACACGGGUGCAUGGCGUCAGGCCCAUUGUUGUGCACGUUAUGCCAUCCUUCGAGUCCUUCUAGAGGCUGAUCCAUGUAUGGUUCGCCUCGAAGAGAUCGUUGGCGCAGACGGAGCACCGGAUUUGUUAAUCUCCGUGGACCGGGAUAAGCUCAAGACAGUCGCCAAACCGGCAAUCGGGGCAUUCUUGAAUAAACUCCAGUAUUACAAAAGUACAGCAAAUGCCAAAGAUGGGACUGCAUUCUUUCUUAAGUACUCUGAGUUACUACCGGAGCAUUUACCGUUACGAAAAAUUGUGAUCGAUCGUAAACGACCUCGACCACUGAUGGUCCAACCGCUGAUUUGCGAAACAUCCAAUGGAAUAGAAAUGGUUCCGUAUCCGGCGACAUAUGCUGGUCUCAUUGAGUCCUUCAUCGAUCGUUUCUCUCGUCUCCCUUUGGGACCAAAAGCGCUGGAGGCGUUGGAGAUCGUGUGGCGCAAUGAUCAACCAUACUUCAAAGACAUCCCGGUUUGA